AUGUUGUGUUUACAGGGAGACAGAGGACCUAAAGGGCUGACAGGAUUACAAGGGGCAGGGGGUUUCAAGGGAGUGCGUGGACCACCUGGAGGUCUCGGAGAGACUGGAAAACUGGGAGAAGUUGGUGCUAAAGGCGGGAUAGGAUAUGAAGGCAUUCCCGGGUUUCAAGGAGUAAAGGGAGAAAGAGGGAAGACUGGUGUGUUAGGCCGUGCUGGACCCAGAGGAAAGCAGGGCAUUCUGGGAGAUCCUGGAGAGAGGGGAACUGCUGGACAGAAGGGGAAGCCUGGGGUCACUGGUCCUGGGGGCAGAGCUGGCACCCUCGGACCGAAGGGCAUUCUUGGAGACCCAGGCUUGCCAGGCAGAGAGGGUGAUUUAGGAAUAGAGGCUUACCAAGGACCACAAGGUCAGAGUGGAAAAGUUGGGCGCAUUGGAACAAAGGGAGAGAGAGGUGCCCUUGGGCCUGCAGGAGAAAUGGGUCCCCAAGGCCGAACUGUAAGUCGUUUUUUCAGAAGAUAA